AUGUUCAGCUAUAAGUUUUGUUUUCCUAAAGUAAGUAAAGAAUUCCCUAAACGCAUCAAAGAUUUUACAGAUGACAAUUCCUUUCCAAUAUUAUCAAUCAAUGUUGCCCUAAAUAAAACUACCCCUGAUUUUGUCCACUUCUCCACAGCAUCGACUGAGAAGGGAAAUAAGUUUAGGUCCAGGAAUAGCUUCAUUAUUGCAAGAAGUACUCUCUCAAGUAUGCUAAAGAAAAACAUUUACGAACUCCAGACCGUCUCCAAAGGGGUUUCACAACUUUGGAGUCACGUGGACUCAUCAUUCAAGACUUAUUUCGAAUACUUAUCAGUGACCGAAUCCAUAUGGUACGACAGGAAGAUAUUUCACAAUCUGACACAACAAAAUAACAAGAAUUAUAUACCUAAAAAUUCAGGAUUAUUUGCAAGUCGGCAGAACUUCAAAAAAAAAGACGAAAACAUGCCUAAAAAACACAGAUUCAGAUUGAAGAAAUCCAUUGGUCGUAUUAAGAGGCCCAAAGUAAGGCGUUUCACAAAUGGUUUUAAAAUCAGCAGUACUUCAAUGAGUUGUAAUUAUGGUAUAUUAACUGAGGAUGUAUUUAAAUAG